AUGCGGAAGGGCUUCACACUUAAAGGUAGCAACAACCUGGUUGUUAACUCGGCUGCCUUUCAAGACCACAUCACACGCACCGUGCUGCGUCCACAUUUCCCGCUCACUGACCCUUUGCUGAGAAGCAAAAGAAGAGAAGCAGCCAGAAAUCCACAAGCAAGAGGAACAGCUGACCGCCGUCUACAGAGACCAGAUCCUCAAGAAGAAGAAGAGAGAGAAUAUGUGCUGGAUGCCGCUCUACCUCCUUUAACAUUAGCACAGAAGUUGGGUUUGGUGGCCCGCCCUGCAGGAAGACUGACGGAGGAUGAAUGGAGGCAGGUGAAGGCGAGGUCUGUUCAACAAGGGGAGUCAGCGCAGCCCUGUGCAAUAUGCAAGGAGGACUUUCAUCUACAGCCUCAGGUGUUGCUGUCCUGUUCUCAUAUUUUCCACCGAGCUUGUCUGCACGCCUUCGAGAGGUUUUCCUGUAAGAAGUGCUGCCCCAUGUGUAGGAAGGAGCCGUAUGAGACCCGGGUGAUCCGCGAUGCAGCGCGCCUCUUCAGACACCGCUGUGCCACCAGAAUUCAAGCGUGCUGGCGAGGCUAUGUGGCUCGAAAAAGGUACCGAAAGUUGAGCAAGUCUGUCUGUCCAAAAGAUGAACGACUGAGACGCAAAUUCUUUGAAGCAAAGUUGCAGGAGUUGAAUGACAGCUUUGUCCGAUACUGUCACACCGACACGGAGGCUUUUCUGAGUGAUAUCAACCGCUCGUUGUCGUCGAGCAGGCGAGUGUUUCAGCAGCUGGAGAGGAGGAACGUCUCGGAACCCGGGGAGAACGACUGGGACCGGAUACAGAGCCAGGUCGUCCAGAGAGAAGUCAGGGACUGCCCGAUCUGCCUGACGCCACUGGGCAACCCGAGCCUCCCAGCCCAAAGGAGUACCUCCAACCCUGGCCGAAACAGACCCACCGUGCUCUUGUCCUGUUCCCACAUCUUCCACCAACCCUGUCUGGAGGCUUUCGAGGCUUUUACUGUCGACAGCAGACCCUCCUGCCCCCUGUGCAGAUCCGCCUACCACAAAAAACUCAUCUGA